AAAUACUAUAAAGUCAUUGUACAGUCAUUGUACAGUUAUAGAUGGCAAACACGUGACCUUACACAUCAUAGACACACUAGGACAGGUAAUCAUUUUAACAGAAAGAAUAAUGACACUGCAAAGCAAUGCAUAUCAGCCAUGUAUACGAGGGACAUUUCAAAAUUUGCGCGUCGACAGAAACAGUUUUGACAUAGCUCGAAUCAUAGCGGAACAUAUUCAGAUAAUGCGGGAAGACAAUCAAGUACCAAUCGGCAUCGUGGCUAAUAAAUCCGAUCUCACUGACAGGAACGAAGCAUCAAAAUCCGACCUUUCAAGAACAUGUGCUGAAUUCAACUUGUUAUACUUUGAAUCUUCGGCAAGUGAAGCGAGGGCAAGUGUUUUAGAGGUGUUUACAGUAUUAGCGCGCCAAGUAAGAAUGAUUAUGAAAACGCGGGAAAAAUUGACUCGAGUUAUGUCAAAUCCUGCUGUUGCCGCUAAAUUACCAAUCCAGCAAUCUCUUAGAAAUCCCACGGAGAAAACCUGGCGAUCUAGAACGUCUACAUUAUAUCCCGUGAAACUCCUGUGGUGUUAUAAAGUGUUUUUUUAUUGA